UAGGAAAGAUAUUGUCAGGCUUGAAAGGGUUUGGAGAAGAUAUACAAGGAUGUUGCCAGGACUAGAAGGUCUGAGCUAUAGGGAUAGGUUGAAUAGGCUGGGUCUCUAUUCCUUGGAGCGCAGGAGGAUGAGGGGAGAUCUUGUAGAGGUGUAAAAAAAUCAUGAGAGGAAUACAUUGGGUAAAUGAAUAUGGAUUUAUGAUUAUUUAUGUGUGUGUGUGUGUGUGUAUAUAUAUAUAUAUCAAUGGUAUAUGGACACACUGAUCUGAUCUGUAUUUAUGCCUACAAUAUUCUGUUGUGCUGCAGCAAGCAAGUAUUUCAUUGUCCUAUCUGGGACACAUGACAAUAAAACUCUCUUGACUUGACUUGACUUGGACUGGUGGCAGGCAGGUGGGACUGGUGUAGCUGGGCCAUUUUGGGCGGUGUGGGCAAGUUGGGCCAAAGGGCCUGUUUCUACAUUGUAUCACUCUAUGACUCUCUAUAUACCUACAAUAUAGUAAUGGAAACUGGAAAUGUUAAAUGAUGUCGCGUUUCAGAGCUUCAACUUGCGAUGCUUAAUUCUGUGGGCCAUGUACCACUUCUCCAAAUUAAUAUUUCACAAAUCUUCUACAGGUUCCACCAACGCCAAUGGACAUUUCAAUGUGUUCGCCUGAGCUCUAUGAUGCCUUCUCUGUAGAGAUCCUUCCUGUUGAAGAUGUUGAUAUAAAGGACGGCAAUGAUAUAGUGAACUGCAGUGAAUAUGUUAAAGAUAUAUUCAAGUAUUUGCGGCAACUGGAGGUUGAUCAGGCAGUAAGACCAGACUACCUGACAGGACAGGGGAUCACAGGACCCAUGCGCGCUGUCUUAAUAGACUGGCUCGUGCAAGUCCAAGUGAACUUCAAGCUUCUUCCAGAAAGCCUGUACAUGACUGUGUCCAUCAUUGACAGAUUUCUCCAGGAUAACCCGGUAACCAAGAAGAAUCUGCAACUUGUUGGCGUGACGGCAAUGUUUGUUGCUUGCAAAUAUGAAGAGAUUUUUCCUCCAGUAAUUGGAGACUUUGUAGUCAUCACAGACAACGCUUACACCUGCGCACAAAUCCGUCAAAUGGAGAGGUGCAUACUGAAGAAGCUCGACUUUUCCCUUGGCAAACCUCUUCCACUGCAUUUCCUCAGAAGAGCAUCGAAAGUUGCAGAUUCCAGCACAGAACAACAUGCUCUUGCUAAAUACUUGAUGGAGCUGACAAUGGGGGAUUACGACAUGGUCCAUUAUCCUCCGUCCCUGAUUGCUGCUGCCGCCUUCCAUCUCGCUCAGAAACUCCUCCACUCUGGUGAAUGGACUCCCCUCUUGCAGUAUUACCUCUUGUAUGAAGAAGAGGAUCUUCUACCAGUUAUGCAACACAUAGCAAAAAAUGUUGUGCAAGUCACCAACUGCCGCACCAGGCACAUGACUGUGAAGAACAAGUAUGCUAGGAAGAAUGAACUGAGGAUCAGCACUAUCUUGCAACUGACGUCAGUCCUGAUUCUUAAAUUGUCAAAUGCAUGUUGUCAUUAAAAUGAAGUGUAUUGCCUGCCCUACUUGACUUAAUGCUGCUACUGUUUUAACCUGUAAGUUAUUGUUUAACCUGUAAUUUAUCUCUUUUAAUUAAUAAAGGAUUUAUUUUCCUUGUGCUUCGUCCCUUUCGAUCUCUCAUUUGCACACCUUGCCCUUCCAUAUCUCUCGUUUCCCUCUCCCAUGACUCUGUCUGAAGGGUCCC